AGAAGGCCUCGCACGUCCGCCCCCGAAGGUGGAAUUCCUCGAUUAGUUGUCUUACCCGCAAUUAGCGGAACCUGUUGGCGUGACCCCACAAGGCUCAGCGGGGCUGCACGAGGCUAGUAGCUAAGCUAGGGGAGUUUCGGUCAACUGACACCAAGGCAACAGGAAAUUCCAGACCCCGCCAUGCCUCAUAUCGACAAUGACGUGAAACUAGACUUCAAGGAUGUUCUUUUGAGGCCAAAACGCAGCACCCUAAAGUCUCGAAGUGAGGUGGAUCUCACAAGAUCAUUUUCAUUUCGUAAUUCAAAGCAGAUGUACAACGGCGUCCCGAUCAUUGCUGCUAAUAUGGAUACUGUAGGCACCUUUGAAAUGGCCAAGGUUCUUUGUAAGUUCUCCCUCUUCACUGCUGUCCAUAAACAUUACAGUCUUCAUCAGUGGCAAGAGUUUGCUGGCCAGAAUCCUGAUUGUCUUCAGUAUCUGGCUGCCAGUUCAGGGACAGGCUCUUCUGACUUUGAGCAACUGGAACAGAUCCUGGAAGCUAUUCCCCAGGUGAAAUAUAUAUGCCUAGAUGUGGCAAAUGGCUACUCUGAACACUUUGUUGAAUUUGUAAAGGAUGUACGGAAGCGCUUCCCUCAACACACCAUCAUGGCAGGGAAUGUGGUAACAGGAGAGAUGGUGGAAGAGUUGAUCCUCUCUGGGGCUGACAUCAUCAAAGUGGGAAUUGGGCCAGGUUCUGUGUGUACAACCCGGAAGAAAACUGGAGUGGGGUAUCCACAGCUCAGUGCAGUGAUGGAGUGUGCAGAUGCUGCUCAUGGCCUCAAAGGCCACAUCAUUUCAGAUGGAGGUUGCAGCUGCCCUGGGGAUGUGGCCAAAGCUUUUGGGGCAGGGGCUGACUUUGUGAUGCUCGGUGGCAUGCUGGCUGGGCACAGUGAGUCAGGUGGUGACCUCAUUGAGAGAGAUGGCAAGAAGUACAAACUCUUCUAUGGAAUGAGUUCUGAAAUGGCCAUGAAGAAGUACGCUGGUGGCGUGGCAGAGUACAGGGCCUCAGAGGGAAAGACAGUAGAAGUCCCCUUUAAAGGGGAUGUGGAGCAUACCAUUCGUGACAUCCUAGGAGGGAUCCGAUCUACAUGCACCUAUGUGGGAGCAGCUAAGCUAAAGGAGUUGAGCCGGAGAACUACUUUCAUCCGAGUCACCCAGCAGGUGAAUCCAAUCUUCAGUGAUGCACACUAGACCUGAGUAUUUCUGCCUGCUCAAGGCACCAAUACUUCGCAAAAGGGUUUCCCAAAUGGGUUUCUCACCCAUUCUAACUACUGUGGCAGUGCAUUUAACAGUUCCCAUUGUCUUCCUCCUGAGAGCUCCUGUAAUAACGCUAUACUUCUCUGUUUGUACACACAAGAUGCCCAGAGCACUUACUGGGGAGGAAGUGAGGAAGAAUACAGUCUGAAAAUGAAGUAAGAUAAUUGAAUGGGUAUCUGGGGACCCAGCAUCCUGAAGAUGAAAAGAUACUGAUUAAAUCAUAAAUGUUC